UAGACAUACUGACCUGAUAUACAAAUAUAAUUAGGAGUGAGACUUAUUUUUAGCUAGGCAAACAUAACCAAAGUGUUACAAAUUUAUUUAUUUUAAAUUUCACACCGGCACAUACGCAGACACUUCAGUCCAGUUUGCCGAGAGUAUCAUGGCGGCGCAGAUGGCGGUAAAUUCGGGAGCCAGUCUGUGGGGGCCACUGAAAGAGCUAUGGGAGACGGUGGAUGGAGCUGUGUUGAGGAGACAGACGGAAAGUGUCCACCUCCUGGACCUGCAACUGAAGAAACACAAACCGCACUUUCUGUCGCUCUUUAGGAACCCGCCAAAGAGUGCAGAGCAGAGAGAAAAAGUACGUAAAGCCAGCACAGAAGGUAUUGCCAUCCAGGGUCAGCAAGGGUCGCGACUUCUUCCAGAGCAGCUUCUCACGGAGGCCUUCAUCCUCAGUGACCUGUUUGAUAUUGGAGAGUUGGCGGCCUUGGAGCUUCUUUUGGCAGGUGAGCAGCAGCAGCCCCAUUUUCCAGGUCUGACGCGAGGUCUAGUGGCUGUCUUACUCUACUGGGAUGGAAAACUUUGCAUGGCCAAUUCUCUGCGCACACUCAUCCAGUCACGACAUGGCAAGACCUUCACGCUGGAUUUAAGUGGAGAGCUUGUGGCUUUGACAACACGUUUUACAGAUGAGCUAAUGAGCCAGGGUUUGACCAGACGCAUCCUAACCUUGGUGUCAGAGAUAAGUGUGACGCGGGAGUUUGAACGGCUACAGAAGGAGCGUGGCCUUGGCAAUGAAAAGCACAGGAAGGAAGUUUCUGACCUCAUCAAAGAAUGUCGACAGGCACUGGCAGACAGUCUGUUUUUGUGGACCUGCCAAUCACCCCUGACUAAAGAUGACACUCUGGCUCUUAUUGGCCAUCUAGAGACAGUCACAGCUCAAGCUGAUGGCUCACUGGACAGUGUAAACAUGGCUCUGGUUAUGGCACUGCUCUACUGCUUGGAUGUCAGCUUCAUAGAGCAGGGAACUGAAGACAGAGAAGAUCUCCUCCAGGCGCUGCCUUUGCUUACGGAGAGGCAGUAUGUUUCUGCAGUGCACACUCGUCUGAUGGAUGGUCAAUCAUGGAAGCUUCCAGGGCUGCAGGCUGUGUGUCGACUGGCCUGGGCCCUUUCUCUGAGAGUACUUUCCCAGCUACCACAGGGCUCCGCGUUGGUUGAGUUCACAGAGGCAGAUGAAGCUUUGGCUGACCAGGCUCUGCUGGGAGACGUCUUCUUGUUUAUGAAGGAGGGCAUGCUGGGAUGCGAGAGUUUUUCCCAGGAGGAAUUUUAUAUCCGUCGUGUCCAUUCGCUCAUCACAGACUUUCUGGCACUCAUGCCAAUGAAGGUGAAACAGCUUCGUAACCGUGCUGAUGAGGAUGCCCGUCUGGUGCACAUGUCCCUACAGAUGGACAGCGAGCUUCCAUCAUCGUUGCGCAAAGACUUGGAUCAUCUCAUGAUCCUGAUAGGAGAGUUUUACAGUAAGGAUCCUUUUGGGUUAGAACUGGGUCUGGAGUUCUGGUGUCCCACCGAGUCUCUCCAACACACCACACUACAGGGAUCCUACCUGGGAAUGGCUCUGCAAAGGCCUCCACACAAACAAGUGGUUCUGUCCAAGUUUGUGCGUCAGAUGGGAGACCUUCUGCCCUCUAACCUUUACAUCUCCUAUCUACGUAUGCUGAAAGGCCUCGCCAACGGCCCUCAGUGUGCUCACUACUGCUUCAGUCUGCUUAAAACCAAUGGAGCUACACACAGUGACAACAUCCAGGGAGUGUCAGGCAGCCCGGUGUCCUGGGAACAUUUUUUUCACUCUCUUAUGCUCUACCAUGAGAAUCUGCGACGAGACCUUCCAAAUCCAGACGCAGCACAAUACCGCCACCCGCCACUCAGGGGCAUCACCCAAAGAGAGCUGGACGGACUAACCUCCUUUUUGCAGCUGCUCACCACCAUCAUUACUUGGAGUGAGAAUGCUCGUCUGGCGUUGUGUGAGCAUCCGCAGUGGACCCCUGUUAUAGUCAUGCUGGGGUUGCUGCAGUGCAGCGUCCCUCCCGUCCUGAAGGCCGAGCUCCUGCGCUGCCUGGCAGCGUUUGGGAAGUCACCAGAGGUCGCGGCGUCACUCUGGCAGUCACUGGAGUAUACACAGAUCCUCCAGACUGUUAGGGCCCCUGGACAGAGGCAAGCAGCUGGAAUUGAGGUCGAGCUGAAUGAAAUUGAGUCGAGCUGUGAGGAGUACCCACUGACGCGAGCCUUCUGUCACCUGAUCAGCACGUUGGUCGAGAGCAGCCUCCCUGUUAAUUUGGGGGCAGGACUACGUGUGCCAGGCUUUCAGCCCUACCUUAACUUCCUGCGUGACUCUGUAUUCCUACCCUUCCCCACCAGAGCAUAUCGUCAUCCAGCUGAGAAGUGGGAGGUAGCCGACUCUGUCCUGGAGGUGUUCCACAAGCUGCUGCGGGACUACGAGCCCCAGCCAUCAGACUUUGUCCAGGAGAUGGUGGAGCUGCAGGGUGAGCAGGUCCCUGCCCACAAGCCUCCCGGCCACAGCGUCAUGUUCCACAUGCUCAAUGACUCGCCCAUGUUGGCCCUGUGCCUUAGCCUGCUGGAGGAGGGCGUGCGCCAACUGGACACCUAUGCACCCUUCCCCGGUAAGAAGCACUUGGAGGCGGCCGUGUUGCACUGCCUGUGCCUACUGGACUUGGCUCUGCAGAAGGAAGUGGUGUUCAUGGACCUCCUAAGAGAGAGCCAGUCAUCCCUGCUGGUUUCUCCCCUGGAGCAGCUCCUGCAGGGGGUCAGUCCUCAAACCAGAAGGGCGGAUCACAUUGUGAAUAUCGCCAGGUAUCUGUACCACGGCAGCUCAAACCCAGACGCUGCAUUCCAGAGUGCCAAGAUUCUGCGUCGCAUUGCCAACUACCCCAACAUCCAGAUUAGACUGGUGGGAGAUUUCACACACAGCCAGGCUGUGAGUGACAAGCUUAUGGCAGGCUUUGUGGAAUGUCUGGACAACGAAGAGGCUGAGGAGGGAACCGAGAAAGGAGACGACUCAGACCCACAAAAGAAGGUGGCAAGAGUCCGACAUGAAACCCAGAUACACAUCCUGAACUUGCUCAUCACUUCUCUGGAACUGAAGACACCCAAUCUGGCCCUUUAUCUUUUGGGUUAUGAAGUCAAGAAACCCGUUUCCUCCACCAAUCUCCAAGACCCAGGUGUUUUGGGAUGCCCACGUAGCUGCCUUCACGCCAUCCUGAGUCUGCUGCAGAGAGGCACUGAGAAGAGAUCUGGCCCUGUACUCACACAGCAGGCACCACAUCUGGCUGAGCUCUGUUAUCAGGUGAUCUACCAGCUGUGUGCCUGCCCAGACACAUCUGGACCCACCAUGCGCUACCUGAGGACCAGCCAGGACUUCCUGUUCUCUCACCUGCAGCACUUGCCUUUCAUCCUGCCAGACAACCAGAUUGCUGCCCUCUCCCAGAUGUCUUGGCUCAUGAAAACGGCUGCAAUCGAGCUGAGGGUCACCUCACUGAACCGCCAGCGUUCACACACACAGCGCCUCGUCAGCCUCCUGCUGGAUGAUCAGCCGCACGCACAGCAUGCAGCUGAUGGGGAAUCAGGGAUGGAAGAAGAGACCAGAUCAGUCAGCGGUUUCCUGCAUUUUGACACAGUUUCUAAAGUGCGCAGGAAGCUGCUGAGUGUGCUCGACGCUAUCGAUUUCAGUCAGGAUAUGCCUGAGCUGCUGCAGUUGGAUUUCUUCGAGCGCACCCAGAUAGAGCAGGUGAUCUCCAACUGCGAACACGUCAACGAGCAAGGACACACCGUGUGCAACGUUAAACUGCUGCAUAGAGUGCUGGUUGCAGAGGUGAACGCUCUGCAGGGAAUGGCAGCGAUUGGACAGAGGCCCCUCUUAAUGGAUGAGGUGAACUCCAUCCUGCAACAAGUGGUGGAACGCAACCGCGUCCGUCGGAGUCUGAGUGCGAAGCGACACGCCCUGCAGUCCUGGAGGAGCCUGGUGGAGACUCUGCUGACCGCCUGCCCUGCUGACCUCAUACCUGCUGACGACAGGCAGCUCAUCAUCAGAGACUUACUGUUGGACCUGCACGAUAAGGUAUUAAAUGAGGAUGCAGCAGGAGAAUUGAUGCCCAUUGUCGCUGGGGCCGUCUUCACUUUGACAGCCCAGCUCAGCCAAUCAGUGCUCUCUGAGCAGCAGCAAGGGGUGGGAUUAGAAGCGUCCUCUGGCUUUGCCUCCAUCGCCAACUCUGCCCUGCAUCUGAUCCUCCGCAAGCUGCUGGACUUCAUCCUUUGCACCGGAGGUGGAUACCAGCGUCUGCGUGCUCACCUGUACGGCUCUCUGUUGUACUACCUGCAAAUCGCCCAGAAACCUGAAGAACCAGACACUCUGCAGACAGCAGGGAAAGCUAUGUGGGAGCGUCUCACAGCCCCUGAAGAUGGUUUCUCCAAACUGCAGAGAGAGAACCUCGCUAUCAUCGAAAGCUACGGUAGCUCCCUCAUGGAGGUUGUGUGCAGGGAUGCUUGUGAUGGCCACGAAAUUAGCAGGAUGCUCGCUCUGGCAGUGCUGGACCGUAUCCUGUCAAUAGAUCGUCAGAAUCAGUGGCUGCAGUACUUAUGUAACAGUGGCUACUUGCGUUCAUUAGUGGAGAGCCUGAGACAGGAUGACGCCGCCCUGCAGACCCUGCUUACGCCUCAGCCUCCGCUCCUCAAACCGCUCUACAUCUAUGAGAGCAAGAUGGCUCUGCUGACUCGUGUGGCUAAGACAGGCCAGGGAGCAGUGGAGCUGCUGCGCUGUGGGCUGGUGGCGCAGCUGAUCGAGUGUCAGGUGUUUGACAUGGUGCCUGACAGUGAUGCACACAGGGUGAUGAGGGACCCGUCGGGCUUCAUCCCCAGCCCCAUAGACCGCUACAGGCAGAUUCUUUUACCAACCCUGAGGCUCUUCCAGGUGAUCCUGACGUCCACCUCCGUAAACCACCAGCAGGGGGCAGCACAGGUUCUACAGUGGCUGAUCGUCCAUGCAGACACCAUUCAGGCCUUGCUGCGCAGCCAGGAGCUCAGUAUGGGAGCUUUACAGGAACUAUCUUUACUUACUGGAAUCAUCAGUAAAACAGCUCUGCCAGGUGUCCUUGAGAUGGGUGGAGAGAUUAACAGUGCCGCUGUAAUGGAGUUCCAGGGUCACAUUAACAGAUUCCAGCGCCUGUGUUUGUCUCUGCUGGGCCGUCUGGCCGGAAGUGAGCGGGAGCGGUUGUUAAAGCAGGUGGAGAUUUCUACACCUGGAGAAUCGGCAGAACAACGAGAGGAGAUGGAGGUGGCCAUGCAACAGGUGUGCGCUAACAUCAUGGAGUACUGCCAGACCCUCCUGCUGCAGAGCUCUGCCCAGGCACAGUUCAGCAUCUGCCUCUUCAGCCCGUCAGGCAGCGAGCCAGCUGGCAGGGACGGAGGACGCUCCGAUCUUUCAUCCACUGUUCCAUCAAUGGCUUACUCCCGGGUCCCCAGCCUGGGUCUAGUCCUGUAUCUGCUGAAGAACAGCACUGCAGAUUUCUUCAGGUUCCAACAAAGUCACAGGCAGAGCCUGGACAAGCUGCAGAGUCUGGAUCAGCUGCCUCCCGAGGAGCUCAAGGAGUUGUGCCAAGGCCUGGUGUCGGGCCCAGGAGGGGUGGAGAAAAUCUCAUCAGUCCAGAGAAGCUUGCUGGCCAAGAGACGACUGGUCCAGCUUAUCAACAACAGAGCCAAGCUGCUGGCCCUGUGCUCCUAUGUUAUUGAGACCUGCUUAUUUGUGUUGUGGCGUCACCUGGAGUACUACCUGCUGCACUGUACCCCCACUGACCCCAAGGACUCCCUGCUGCCAGGAGGCAGUUUAUACAGAUCACGCCUCAUAGAUGACUCGUUUGGCGGGCUGCAGGCCAGCGGAGGACGUGGACUCGGGCUGUCCAGAGUCAGCCAGCAGGACAUAGACCUGUUGAAAAGCGACAUGGCCGCAGGAUUCGGCGAGGCCCUGCAGAGGAAGCUCCUCGAGGUGGAGAGCUUAUACAGCCAGGUCCGCUCCCGCUACACCUUCAUCCAGGCUCUCGUCCGCAGGAUCCGCGGCCUGCUCCGGCAGCCCAAGAGCUGAGACACACAGAGACUUUUACAAGACCUAAAUUCCCCCCUUUCUACCGAUGCAUAAAGAUGAGCAACACCCGUAAACUGCUAAGGACUCCGAAUGUUGGUUAGUUCACUUGUUCUGGCGACACAACCCCUUUUUUUACUCCUCCUGGUGCACCUCUGCUUUGAUGCACUUUUUGUGUGACCAAUACUGAUUAUGUUACUAAUGUUACUAAUGCUGUGUAAGAAGUGUUUUUUUGAGGAAGUGAUAAAAUGCAGACUUGCAAAACAAACUUAAUUAAAUUUUUACUUGUUUUUUUUGGUUAGGUCUGAUGUAUCUUUGCCAUUUGUGAAAAUAAACGUUUUCUAAAUCUGUUA